GGGGAGGUGACACGCCCACAACGCGCAUGCGCAGGGGUGCAGGCAGGUGGGAGUCUCGGCCAGCCGGGUGCGGGUCCCGUUUUCCUGGCCGCCGGGAGAACCAUGGCGGCGGCGGCGGCAGAGGAGGCGGAAGAAGCGCUGUGUAGCUUCGUUCGCCCGCUGGAAAAGAGGGACGGCACGGUGCUGCGGCUCCAGCAGUACGGCUCAGGAGGCGUGGGCUGUGUGGUGUGGGACGCCGCCAUCGUCCUGGCCAAGUACCUGGAGACGCAGCAUUUCUCGGGCGCCGCCGCUGGGACGCACGCGCUGCUCCGGAGAUCCGUGCUGGAACUGGGAGCAGGCACCGGCGCCGUGGGGCUUAUGGCGGCCACUCUCGGGGCAGAUGUUAUAGUCACAGAUCUGGAGGAGCUACAGGACUUGCUUAAGUUGAAUAUUAAAAUGAACGAGCAUCUCAUCACUGGUUCUGUGCAAGCCAAGGUACUGAAAUGGGGCGAAGAAAGAAAAGACUAUUUCUCUCCACCUGAUUACAUAUUGAUGGCCGACUGUAUAUACUAUGAAGAGUCUUUGGAGCCAUUGCUAAAGACAUUAAAGGAUCUCAGUGGACCUAAGACCUGCAUCAUAUGUUGUUACGAACAACGAACUAUGGGGAAAAAUCCAGAAAUAGAGAGAAAAUAUUUUGAGCUCCUGCAGUUGGAUUUUGACUUGGAAAAGAUUCCUUUGGAAAAACAUGAUGAAGAAUACCGGAGUGAAGAUAUUCAUAUUUUAUACAUCAGAAAGAAAAAAUGAAAUUACAGCAUUGAAACCUUUCAUCAUUUUGUCCAAGUUUGCAACAACUAGAUGAGCUAAGCAUGUGAAUUGGGCUUAGAAGAAUAGCAUGAAAAAGUUUUCAUCACAUAUUUUCAUGGCUUGUCAAAGACACUGGAUUUGAAUGAUAGGAGUAGAAAUGUGGGUGCUACUUUGAAUUCAUGGAAGACUUCUACUAAAAGUCAACCAGUGUGACCUGCCAGCAUUCCUACAGAUGGUGCAUUCCCUGCAUGUUGGAUGAGACUGAAUUGUAACCAGAGUUCUCGUUUGACCCAACAUGAAAUUUCUGUUUUAAAGACCAUUUUGUGGUGGAUCAUGUGUUGGAAAAAAUUACGUGCUAAAAGAUUAACUUGUCGUGCUUUCAAGAAACUGAAGAGCAUUGAUUUUACUUCUUGAAGGGACAACUUUUGAGCCUCACAUCUGUAUUUCAAAUUGUAUUCAAUCUAGAUAAAUGUAAAAGAGGAUCUCGUGGGUUUGAGUUUUGUCCCUCGUAAAGUCAGCAGUCUUUGUUUUACAUAUAUUCUCUUUUUAAUUGCACUUGAAGAUAGGUUCAAUACUUUAAAAUGUCUCCUUCAUUCAGAGACAACCUAAGCAGGUUCAAAUUUUUUUUUCCUUAUUAUAAAUUUGAGAAAUAUGAACAAAGAAGUACAGAAAAAGAGGACUGUUUAUGACUCUGUGAAACUUGAUUAUGUUGAUAGUUAUUUUUAAAUAUAAAACAUGGUAGUUCCAACACUACUGUGCAUGUCUGUGUCUGCUUUUGAAAUUUUUUCUCCAUUUUGUGUAUUUUUUUUUCAGUGUUUCAUUAAUGCUCUUUUCAGUUAUUUUUUGUAUCACUACCUCUCCAUCCUCCCACUAAUUAAAGUAAUUACAUAAAUUCAA